UACAACACUUCACGCUAGGGUUUCCUCUUCUCUCUCUUCCUAUAUAUACAUUCGUAUAGAGACAAGGUCAUCCAUAUCUUCCUCUCGCAACCACGCAUCGUCGAAGCAAGCGCUCAUCACCGGCUCUCUCUAACCCUAUCUCUCUCUUCAUCACCUAAGGACAUUGGCAAAUUAAUCUGCAAUAUCUGCAGUUAGCCAAAGUGGAGUGUGUUAAGUUCGAAGCUUCUUUUAUGUCUGAACGUGCCUCUCUCUUUUUGUCAUCAAUUGGGUUGCUUGGAGAGUACUGUCCUUCCUCUAGAAAAAAGAACAGAAGUUCUUUUGAAAAAGUUGACUGCAUGCCUCUUAGGCCUUUUGUGUACUAUAGCACACAUUGUGACGGUUGCCAGUUUAUGCGGCCUUUUCCACUUGCUAGGAAUUCAUCCAAUUCUGAAAAACAGAUUCUUGGUAAAAGAGUCACCUUGUUCCCCUUUUGAUAAAGUUCAAUCCAGCAUACAUAUUUUGUGGAACACAAGAUGGCUUUACAAAAUAUUGGCGCUGGUAACAAGGAUGAUGCCUUCUAUAGGUAUAAGAUGCCCAGAAUGAUAACAAAGAUUGAGGGUCGAGGGAAUGGCAUCAAGACCAAUGUGGUCAAUAUGGUUGACAUUGCAAAGGCUUUGGGUAGACCCGCUUCUUACACCACAAAGUUUUUCGGUUGUGAGCUUGGAGCCCAAUCCAAAUUUGAUGAGAAGACUGGAACAUCACAUGUUAACGGGGCCCAUGACACUUCCAAGCUUGCUGGCCUUCUUGAGAACUUCAUCAAGAAAUAUGUUCAGUGCUAUGGCUGUGGGAAUCCUGAAACUGAGAUAAUCAUUACUAAAACCCAGAUGAUUAUUCUAAAAUGUGCGGCUUGUGGGUUUUUGUCAGAUGUUGAUAUGAGGGAUAAGCUCACAACUUUUAUUCUGAAGAACCCUCCUGAGCAGAAGAAGGGAUCGAAAGACAAGAAGGCCAUGAGGAGGGCUGAGAAAGAGCGGCUCAAGGAAGGGGAGGUGGCUGACGAGGAGCAGAAGAAGCUGAAAAAGGAUGUCGUAAAGAAAAAGGGCUCCUCUACUAGUUCCAAGGUUGUGGCUGCCAAAACAUCAACCAAGAAGAAAACUACCGUCUCUGAUGAGGACCACUCUCCUGCUGGCAGUCAAGCAGAUGAGAAUGAAGCAGCAGCAGCAGCAGCAGUCGACACUGAUGAUGACGAUGGUGAUGACAUCCAGUGGCAAACUGACACAUCUGUGGAGGCAGCUCGGCAGCGGAUUCAGGAACAGUUGAGUGCUGUUACAGCUGGUAUGGUGAUGCUUUCAACCACUGAAGAGAAGCCGAAGUCAGUUAAGAACUCUCCUGAACGUGAAGAGAAAUCCAAAGUUAAUGGGCAUGCUAACGGUGUCAAAUCUAUUCAUCCUCAUGAGAAGCUUGUUGGUGAGAUCAAGGAAUACCUCAACAAGGGUUCCCCUGCUAGCCAGCUCAAGUCCUUUCUGGGAUCUCUUUCUGGUACUCCCCAGGAGGUCAUGGAUGCCCUCUUUGAAGCUCUCUUUUCCGGUGCCGGAAAGGGGUUUUCGAAGGAGGUAGCCAAGAAAAAGAACUAUCUUGUAGCUGCCACUCAGGAGGAGGGAUCGCAGCUGGUUCUGCUUAAUGCAAUUGAGGCCUUCUGUGUUGGGAAAGCCAGCCCUGAGGCGGUGAAAGAGGUGGCAUUGGUUCUCAAAGUGCUCUAUGACAAUGAUUUGCUGGAAGAAGAGUUUGUAGUGGAGUGGUAUAAGAAAGGAUUAGGUGGAAGCAAUAAAGGCUCACAGAUCUGGAAGAAUAUCAAGCCCUUUGUGGAAUGGCUCCAGAGUGCCGAGUCUGAAUCUGAAGAGGAGUGAUAAGUCAGGAUGCACUUCUGCAACCUUGCCCACCCAGGUGGGUUUCCAAGCUUUUCUCGCAAUUUGUUGGUGAUGUGUUUGGCUGUUUGGUAUUUCUAGUGGACGUGAAAUAUUAUGUGCGUGU